AUGAGAGAAUAUUAUGAUAACUCCACAAAUUUAACGCAAGAUGGCUUCAUUUCUGCUUGGGCUUCCAGUCUUAGUACCUAUAAUGAAGCAAAUAAACUCACAGUUGAUUGCAUUGCAAGAGAUCCAUAUCAAUUUUACAACGAAAGAUUUGUUUCUGAUACAGUAAAUGAUACGAGUUCAACUGCUAUUAUUGACUUUCUAACUACUAAAGUUUCUUUGGAAAAUUAUACUCUCAUCUAUAUUAAUAGAGUAAGAUGGAUGGCAAUAUAUGAAAUAUGGGGAGAAGGAGAUCAUGCACAAUGGGAUUUAAUUGAUAGACGAAAUAUCUAUCAAAACCCCAAUCCGUUUAGGCCUCCCUAUGGAGAUACAUGGACAAUCGAUAAGACACUGUGCAAUAAUACUGAAAAAGGGGUUCAAAAAGAUUGUACUUAUUAUGCAUAUACAUUCCCAACGAUGAAUCAGAAACCGUACUCUCGUUUCAAAAUAAUUAAUACAGGAAGGAAUAAGGGAGAUGGUGUCGGUGAUAAGUUUGGAUGGGCAGACUUAUCCAUAUCAAAACUUCUCUUAUAUGGUACAAUAAUUCCUGGAAGGGGUGCCUUUUCACCCUUAAGGCUGAAGAGAAAAGAACAAAUGCUAUUUAAUUUUGCUAUGUUUUCAAGUUUAUAA